ACCCCUCUCUUUCUAUCUAACUCACCAUUUUUCCUCAGCCGCAGGUGCUCUGCUCUCCACCAUCGCUUCCACCUGCAACCCUUUCCCACCACCGUCUCCCCCCUGCCUUCCGUUUCUCUGGCCACUCCCUCCAUCCUUCGCCUCUCUCGCCACUCAGAAGUAAGCAUAUCUGCAUAACAAUUUGUUUCCUAUUAUUUUCACCUGGAACUGAUAGACUCUCAGAUGCUAUUUGUUGUCUUUCUGAUGAGGAUCAACUGUCAGCUGUAAACAAUUGAGUCUGGGUGGCAUGUGAUGAUAGCGUAGAGGAAGAUUUUUAAUGGACCUGACCGCUAAAAGGCAUUUGAUUCAUUAUUAAGAUUCAAAAGGUGAAAAACUAUAAAAGAACAGAAAAAGGAAGGAGUAGAUGGAUUUAGCAGACAAGGCCGUGGGGCUGCUGUUAUCGGUAAUCAGCUUGUCAGUUUUCACUUACUAUACAUUCUGGGUGAUCAUACUGCCGUUCGUUGAUACUGAUAAUUUUGUGCACAAGUACUUUUUGCCUCAAGAAUAUGCCAUUCUGAUUCCGGUGUUUGCUCUUGCGGCGCUGCUUUGCUUCCUCUGCAUGUUUGUUGGAUAUGUGAUGCUCAAAUCCAAAAAGAAGAAGGCAUAAUGCAAGAUCUAUAGUGUGUGCUGCAACUACCAUUUUUUUGUCACAUACAGAUAGUUUUAUUGCUGGGUUUCUCUUUUACUUGUAAAUGGAGGAUUUAGAUGAUUGCACUCAGUUCCUGUUAAUUUGGUGAAACCUGAAACUGGUAAUUGUCUUAGAAAAAAAGCUGACAAAUUGCAGAUAAAGAUUAUCUUCAGAUAUUGUUAGCCUGCUCUUGUAAGAGAGCAGUUGGUAUCAUUUUGUUUUGCAAGAUCUAGCAUUUAUCUUUUA